CGGACGUUAGGCAGUGGCACUCGUGCAGUCGUUAAUACUCUGUCUUUGUCACUCUCGGCAUUGAUGCCUGGUACCCGUCAUAAACUAUUGAAACAAGCUUAAAGACCAAAACCCACAGUUCCAGCGGCGGCAUCUGCCCACCCCUCUCCCUCCUUUCCUGGGGCAGCUGGGUUUGAAGCCUCAAAUCCCUUAUCCCACUGGAGGAGAGGUAGGCAGAAAGCCAGCGAAACCUCUGACGGGCAGCUUUCUUGUCUUCAGUCUUGCCAUUUUUUAACAAGGUCUUUGUGGAAUGCAUUCUUUUGCCAGGAUUAUUAGCUCGAGUUACAAGGUGUUCUAGGUUCUUGUAGAACAAUUAUUUGGUCCAAUCAUGGCUGCAUCUGCGAAAACUUUAAGCCUUGAAAAGCCUAAUCCUCCUGCUGAAGACUGGAAGAUAGUCUUACCUCGUCGAGGAAAACAGAAGAGGCAGUUUCGCAAAACCAUUGAAUCUGAACUACAGAAACCGGGGCAAUCCUGGUCUCCUAUAGAUGAUCAAAGUGAUCCCGAAAGUGAAUCAAAAUUAAUGCAGAAGAUGCUGAGUUAUGUCCAAAAACUUGAGAGUUCCCAGUUCUAUCAAGCCUUCAUAGAUCAAAUCCAAAGUCAUGAAAUGUCUGAUCAUUUGCACAGGGUUUCGGGGUCAGAAGAGAAAUUGCAGAUGGUGAUAUAUGGUAUUGGCAGCAUUGAGUCAUAUGAACCACCUCGAUUACAACUUAGCUUGGCAAUAUUGAUGAAAAGGAAAUUCACGUGGAUAGGGGAAGUAGAGGUGUUUGAUCCGGUUCUUUCUUUAACAGAAUCAAAGGUUUUGUCAGCUUUAGGAUGUUCUGUGCUAUCUUUUAAUGAACAGGGACGGCGACAAGCCUUAAAACCAACACUAUUCUUCAUGCCACACUGUGAGGCAGGAUUGUAUGACAAUCUCCUCCAGGCGAAUUGGGAAGUCAAUAUGUUGAACCAGAUUGUAUUGUUUGGAAAUAGCUUUGAGGCAUAUGAACAAUUCUUGUCAGUCUGCAAGGAUCCAAUUCGUGAGGAAAGACAAAGGCAUAUCAUGGCCAUCAGGAGGUUCACUAAAGAGUUUGCAAUUAAUGCAACAUCAGAUGAUUAUUUUCAGGCUUUCCAUAGUUCUAGUUGGCAUUUUUUCCGCAUCAGUCAUGAUGAAGACUUGCAAAAUUGUUAAACUAUGACAACUUCACGGUGAUUACUAUGGACUUGCUUGAUUGUCUUCACCAGUUAGCCAUUGUUACACAUCGUGGAUAGUAUUGGUCCUCAGCAAUAUAUUGCUUUUUGGCCGUGCUACUUCUUACUCAUCUUUUUAAUUUGUAUACUAACAUCAAUUGUUCAUAUUUCGGGAUUGAUUUCAUAUUUAUUGACCAAUUGACAAGAUUUUGGAAACUUUUGUUGUAAAAAACAUUCGAAGUUCAGUUUGGAGUAAAGGGUCAUAUUAUUCUUAUGGAACAAUGACUAGUUGAGAUCAGCA